AUGGAAAUGGAUGGAACACAACUUCUCUUGAAUGACGAAGGCGAAGCACAAGAAGAACUGUUGUUCGAAGACAUGUCACCCAAGAACGAAGGAAAAACAACAGAGGACAUUAGAUCAACACAAAUCACUUAUCUUUCACUAAAUAAUACAUUAAGAAUGCAUAGCCGAGCCGCUCGUGGAGGAGCUACAGCUGCUAGUGGGGCCGGUGCUGCAGCUAAUCCAGCAAGUAUCAAAGAACGUCUUCUUGGUUGGUGUCAGCAAGCAACGCAAGGUUACAAAUAUGUUAAUGUAACAAACUUUUCCUCUUCAUGGGCUGAUGGCAUGGCAUUUUGUGCGUUAGUCCAUCAUUAUUUACCGAAUUCAAUUAACUACGAUGCACUUAAUCCUAAAGAUAGACGGAGAAAUUUUGAGAUCGCCUUCAAAGCUGCCGAAGACAACGGUUGUGCACCAUUACUUGACGUGAACGAUAUGAUCGAAAUGGGUGAUAAACCCGACUGGAAGUGUGUUUUCACAUACAUUCAAUCACUUUAUAAACAUUUCGUUAUGAUGCCUCAGGCCAUGGCAGCGCGAGCCGCUGCCACCCAAGCUGGCAAUCAUUAA